UUCCCAACGUUCCUCAAACGCAUGCUCACACGCCCGACCUACCGGCACGCAGUGUGUGCGAGUGUAGCUAGGCCAUCACCGUGCUGCUGUGACCAACCGGCUGUGUCGUAGCCGUCGUAGUGCACCGUUUUAUUGGUGGUAGCGGCUGCCGUUCGUGCGUUUAUAAACAGCGGGGGCAAAGCCGCACUCGACGGAAAGGAAAAUGGCCACGAUGACAAAAACAAGUCUACGGGAGGCGCUGCAUCAGAAAGGAGUUGCGGUGCCACCCGGCUCCCCCAAGGAGACACUCGUGCGGCUCUACCGCGAGCACUUUCCCGGGUCGGACACCGCGCGCGACGGCCUCUUGGACUUCUCGAGUGACGAAGAAGUGGACACACAGGGGCAUGAUACCAGCCUACCUGUGGAAGUGUCCGAGGGGGUACGUUCUUUGACCAACGAUGAGCUCUACACCAAGCUGAAGGAAUUUGGCGAGCCAGUUGGCCCCAUUGUCAGCACGACACGGAACUUAUACGAGAAGCGCCUACAGCGUUUCAUCAACAGUAGUGGCUCUCCCAAACCUCCUACCAGCCCUCCACUCAACGUCACAUUCUCAGCCACGGAGGACGAAGCUGAGAAUGACGAUGACUAUGAGGGCACCCCAUUGCAGGAUGUUCCUCCAUCCCGGAUAGGACUCGGCACCCAUGGUGGAGUGUUCGGCUCCUUCGGCACUUUUGAGGGGCCCUUGACAAGCCAGACGAGUGCCUCGUUCAUGGGGGCCAGCCCACCACUGCAGCAGAUGUCAUUGCGUGCUAGGACGGGUGCGGCAGGAAGGAAAGAAGCAAGCAGUGGAAACCAUGUGCGGCCACAAGUGGCACAGCAGAGGCCGAGGAAAGGUCUCCCUCUGCUCCUCAAGUUUGCCAUCGCAGCAGCCGUGGUCGGCGUCAACCUGCUCAUCUAUGCCAACCUGGAGUACUUCAAGUCGGAUGUGCCCGUGCCUUCUGUAGUGAACAAAUGAGCAAGCUCACCUCUCCUGGAACCACGAAGCAGCGCUUGCCACAGACUUUAGUCAUCCUUUUAACUGUUUUGUCAACUAAUGCAUUUUAAUUUUAUCAUGUUCUCUCCCCUGCCAUGUCUAAUAAAAUGUUCAAAUAAACAACUUGGCAACUUUG